UCCCACUAGAAGGUUAUUAAAAUCAAUAAAAUAAAAACUUCACUAACACUUAAAGUGCCCAACAUUAAAAGUGCUAUUGAUAUCUGUGAAAUUUUGUGAUUUAUCCGUUUUGUUAUUAAUUAAAAUGCUGUUCCUGGUGCUGCUGCUAGCUCUGACCCUGAGCCCCCCUGCCUGCCCCACCCCCGUGCACCCGCUCGCCAGGCGGUCACCGAUAGACCUGAAAGCCAAGCCGACUCAGGCGUCUCAGCCAAUCAUCACGCACAACCACAUCCAAACCGACCGAAAACCGAAGGCACCAUUCAUACCAGCGCAGCACCAGUUGUACAUACCUCCGCAUUUGUUAGUAUUACCGGCGCGGUCCAACGUGCGCCACAGUUCCGUUCACACUGACGUUCACCACAUCUCCAACGGUCAUGUGAAGAUUCCUGUGGUGACGCAGACGGUGCACCACAGCUCGUCCAACAUCACGCACCCUGGGCCGGUGUUGGUGCACCACUACGAACCAGUGUUGGUGCACGACCUGUCUGUGAUCCCCCUGCACCGGGCGACCCGGCCGGGACCGCCGGGGCAGCCCCGGGCGGCGGCAAGGAGCGGCUUCGAGCAGCCGGGGGGCUUCGUACCCUUCCCCUACUUCGGGGGCUACGGCGCGGGGCUCCGCUACGGGGGCCACGGCGCCGGACACGGGUUCUAUGUCGCCGGGUUCAGAUAGUCAAUGAGA